UUAAUAUUAUCGUCAUUGAUUAUCAAUGUUCUAUCGAUUUUUACACCUAUGUAAACUGUAAAAAAUAUAUAAAAAGUAAAAGUUAACUAAUUUUUUUUAUCGAAGUUGUUAUUACUCAUGAAAUAGUAAAUCAUGAUUUCGUUAAUAUUCGUAAAAUUACUUCUAAUAUUUGUGUCGAGUACAAUUUCUCAUGAGACACUGCAAUGGAAUUUGGACAUGACAACACGAAUUGCCGAGCCUUUAGUUCGAGAAUUUUCUGAACCAUGGACAAGUCGUAUGAUUCAAAACCAAUUUUCUCAUUACAAAACUCAUUUUCAAAUAAUAAUUAAACAAGGUACAACAUUCAAUUUAAAGCUGGAAACUGCUUCUAAAAUUGAAAAUUUAUAUUUUUAUUGUCUUGCUGAUUCCCCAUAUGAAUCAUUAAACAUAUUGGAUCUUACGGGGAAGAAAAAUUUCACCAAAACAUUAACAGCAAAUUUUGAUUGCGUUCCUAUGGUAUCUGUUUCAAAUAAUGUUCGAGUACGAAUGAUAAUUGAAACCAAAAACUGGUUAUCAUUGCCAAUUUUUGAUUCUAAUGAUGCAUCACUUUUUGAAUCAGAAGAAUUUGAAUCUAAAUUUUACAAAAAUAUCCAAAUUUACGGAUUUGUUGAAAAUUAUUACACACAAAUGUUAUUAUCGGUAAAUGAUAUUAAUACUUUAAAGUCAUUAAAGUAUAGUCUAUAUCUGGGAUUGGAAAAUCAGAUUGAUAUCAUUGAGUAUUAUGAUUAUUUAACUGGAAUUAGUCCCUAUUAUACUAAAGAUAUUGUAUCAUCAUUAAAAUUUAUGGAUCGAACAACAAUAUUUAUACGUUCAGAAAAAUGUAAUGAAGAUAAUUCCAGUAUAGAAGAUAAUUCCAUUAUAGAAGAUAAUUCCAGUAUAGCAGAUAUUUCCAGUAUAGAAGAUGUUUCCGGUAUAGAAGAAUAUUUGGCAUCAUUUUUUAAUGGUAAUGACAUCAAUUUUGAUAUUGUAGACUCUUUCGAUAAAAUAAUAUGUCAGGAGACAAAUUUGAAUAGUCAUUUUAUAUCAGCUAUUAAUAAUGUAGAAAGAUUUUUACAACCGAAUAAAGGCUCUAGUUGGAUUUUAUUGCAAAAAUUUGCUGAAUACUACAAUAGGAAAGAAAUUGCUGUUGGUUUUGGUGAAACAUUCAAUUUGUGGAAUGAUAUGUUUGCAACUUUAUAUCAACAAAAAUUUGUAAUUUCAAAUCCAAUUGUACAAUCAGCGUCUCCUUACAAUUAUAAGGAAAUUUCAAAUUAUCAAAAGGGAAACGACAUUACAAAAUGGAGUUACGAGGAAAAGUUAAAUUUAUUUGUGAGUCUUUUCGGAUAUGAUGGAACUGAUUCUAAUUUACGUGAAUUUCGUAUUCGCCACAUUCCUUACAAUCAAAUUACAAUUGAUGAUUCUGUUGUAGACAUAAUACCAACAAUUUUUGAAAUAUUUCUUGAUCUUUAUGAUAUAAAUUUAUUGCCGUUUUUGAAAAAGAUCAUUAAAAAUAUUUCAUUAAAUCCUGAUUUGGAACUACGACUUUUGAAUGGACAUCCUGUAAUGCCUGCUAUUGAUUUUGGUAUAGAUCCUAAAAAUUUACAAGCUAGGAGCGAGGAACGAGAUUUGAGACAUGUUUCUCCUUUAAUGUUAAUGACAAGAAAACAGAAAACGUAUGUUAACGUUAACUUUAAAAUUCAAUCUCCAAUUGAUCUCACAAAUCGUUGUCUAUAUUUGAAUAACGAAUGUCACAAUAUUGUUGGAAAAUACAUGAGAAUCAAUUUAUUGUCAGAUGUUUACUCUGUUUAUGUGAUAGAAGAAAUUCGUGGUAUUACGUAUAUCAGUGACGUAACGUAUCAUACCAUUUCAAAUACUAUGUUAUUUAUUAAGGUGGAUGUGAGAGAAAUUCAAAAUGGCAAACCAUAUUUACCGUUGAUUCAUUAUAGAUUUGAUGCUCAAGGUUUGGAUAAUAAGGUAUUUUUACAAAUAUUUAUAAAUUACAAGGACUUGAUAUUAUCCGUAAAACAAUUAAGUAAUGCAAUCCCUGAUGAUUAUUUUUCGUUAAAUUUCAAACGAAAUGGCUCUACUGUUAUGAAAUAUAAAUUUCUCGAUAGAUCACAAAAUCAACAAUUGCUCAUAAAUGAUGUACACAAAUUUAAAGUUAAUGAUGAACUACACAUUUUCCAUCGUGAACCAAAGGGACUUAAAUUAAAUUUGAAUGGUUACAAUAAUCCAAUAUCACAGAAUAAUAUUUAUCGUUUUACUAGUGUUGGUUUGCAAAAAAUAUCAGAAAAAAAGGAAUAUAAAUUAAAAUAUGUAUUUGAUGCUUUGGGUCAUGAUGAUAAGUUAUUUUUAAAAAUAUUUAUAAACUACAAUAAAAUGAUAAUUAGAAUAAAACAAUUCAUUGGCAAAAUUAACAUGGAGAUUGGAAAUGAAUUAUAUUUUUCGUUCAUUUUAGAAAGGAACGAUACAACUAUUUUUGAGUAUAAAUUUUUUGGCUCUCGACAAAAUAAUCAACCGCUUAUAAAUGAUAUUCGUGAGUUUGAGAUUAAUGAUAAAAUUCAUAUUUAUCAUGCAGAAUCACAACGUUUAAUGUUAAAUUUGGAUGGAUAUAAUAAUGUUAUAAGUAAUAAUUCUUUUAUUUUGACAAAUGAAGGUGUGCAAACGAUUGUUUACAAGGAAAGGAAAUUAAAUAAUAAUAAUAAUUAUUUUUUGGCUAAUAAAGUAAAUAAUUUAAAAUAUUCAUUUCAUGCAUUAGGUUAUUCUGAUUUGGAAUUUUUAACAAUAUUUAUAAAUUACAAGAAUAUGACAAUAGAAUUACGACAAUGGCAUAACUCUAUUCAUUCAAACUUUGGUUUAUAUUUUACGAUCAGUUUAGAACGAAAUGGUUUAAAAAUUUUUGAAUAUAAAUUUUUAGGAUAUCCCGGAUAUCAAAAACUUAUUAAUGUGAUGGAGAAUUUUCAAUUUAAUGAUAUAAUUCGUAUUUAUCAUGCCGAACCAGGUCGUUUAAAAUUAAAUUUAAAAGGAUUUAAUACUAAAGUAAAUUAUAAUUCUUUUAUUUUGUCAAAUAUAGGUAUGCACAAUGUUUUAAAUAAACAGACAGAAUUAAUUUUAAAAGAAAAGAAAAUCUCUGAAAAUGAAAUAUUUAUACCUAUUUUAAAUGAUGCCUUUGAUGUUCUUGAUAAUAAUGACAGAUUAUUUUUGAAAAUAUUAUUUAACUACAAAUCUAUGACAAUUGAAUCAAAACAAUUUGGUAGUGCGAAUAAUAGAUAUUUUAAAAAUAAUGAAUUAAAGUUUUCAUUUGAAUUAGAACGAAAUGGUUCUUCUGUUUUUAAUUAUAAAUAUUUUGGCGGUAAUCAAAUGUUUAAUUAUAGUGAUGUUAAUUUCAAACUUAAUGAUCGAGUACAUUUUUAUCAUGUAGAUCCUAAACGUUUUAAGAUAUAUUUAGAGGGAAAUAAUAAUAGAGAAGCACAUGAUCAUACUUUUGUUUUAACAAAUGAGGGUUUGAGGCAAAUUAAUGACUUGAAUCUUAAAAUAAUUUCUGCGGAUAUUGAAAGAAUUGAUAAAUUUAAUUCAGAAUACAAUAUCGACUUAAGCUACAAUGCAUUGUAUCAAUAUUAUUUUGCACAUUAUAUACGUACAUUGCACUUUAAUAAUUUGCAACCUUAUAUUCCACGAAAUUGGUAUUAAAGAACAGAUUAAUUAUCUUUAAUCUAAAUUGUCACCUUAAUAACCAAAUUGUUGACUUCAUUAUAAAAAAUUUCUAAAUCAUUGUAUUUUUGAAAUCAUUAAAUAAAAAAAUUCAGAAUAAUCUAAUAAAACUUCAAAAAAAAAACAGUUUUCCAAAA